UCAGAACAGUCGUUAAUCCUGGUGUCUAGGAUCCGUGGGCGCAAAGGGGCGCAUAGCCUCGGGGCGCAUAGCACCAUAGCACCCUCGGCUUUGCCUCGGAUGAUAUGGCCCCUCGGGUGUUAAAAAGUCAUAUCCCACAUCACAGCAGUCAACAAUGGUUAAAUUUCAACCAGAGACAUGUAUAGCAUUUCUGUUGCAUUCUUUAGGUGGGUUUUAUUAUCCUUUGAACAAUUCAAGUGAAAUUAUACAAUGCAGCCAUGUAUUUCAUUCACGUGAUAUGUCACAUGAUGAAUAUCUGAUGUGGCCAACGCCUACUAUUUGACUAGUGUAGCCUAAAUUACUGAUGAAAGACAAACUGAGGAGGACUGUUGCAUCAGCGACAUCCGAAUCUGCUAUACGCCGUCAAAAGUUGCGAUCGACAUACCAGCUUCAACAUUGGACUCAAAGAAGCGAGAAUCAGCCAGCAGCUACCGGGCCGUCACGAUGAAUCUACCCGUGGCUCUCCGCACACUUGCGACCGUCGUUCUUGUACAGUUAGUUGUUGCUGAGAGUCAGUUGAGGACUUGCAGUUACUUCGGCCUGGUACCGGACCCGCUUCCUGGUGAACAUUGGAUGCAAGCAGCGUCUCGAGAACUACACCAACGAUGCACAGGGACACGACACUCGACUGAAGUCAGCGAUGGAGCCGAAGCCACGGCUGAGGUCGAGAUUUCGUCAACACCCUCAGCUCCCCGAUAUGCUGACUGCAGUGACAUCGUGGACAGCGGCAUGUUUAAGCGGGGUGUCUACACUAUCUGCCCACCGCAAUAUCCAAACGGCUUGACCGUUUACUGCAGGGGGAAAUGGAUAGUGAUUCAGAAUCGUAAACGCGGGUCGGUCAAUUUCAUCCGUAGCUGGGCCGAGUACCGAGACGGCUUCGGUGAUCUGACGGGGGAGUUCUGGCUGGGCAACGAGGUAGUCCGCCAGCUGACCUCGGAAGGCACUUGGGAACUACAGAUUAUAGUGGAAGAAGCAGGAUACUACAAGAAAAUAGUCUUGACGCAGUUCAAGAUCACAGGUGACAACUACACACUGCAUGUGGAUCCACCGCAACCAUGGAAACUUGAUUACGUAGCAGGUAAGUCUCUCACUGACGUUUCCCUAGGCCAGCCGUUCUCAACCUACGAUCGCGACAAUGACGCCGAUGGCAACGCCAAUUGUGCCGCUCAGCUGAAGGGAGGCUGGUGGUUCAAGACUUGUACUGGAGGAGUCGGAAAUGUGGAUCUCGUGCCGACUAACCUAAAUGGGGAGUAUUCCUGUCCCGUCAACUACACGGGGCAAGAUUAUCGCGGUAUGAGGUGGGCUGGUGCGCUUGAGUUUGGUAACCAAAUACUAUCUUGCCGCAUCGCGAUUUGUACGGUUUAAUUUUCAUGGUCUAACCCUGUAUUUCGGUUUUGGUAAGAUUGAAAAGAGCGUUGGUUUGGUAAGAAGUGAACUGGUCCGAUAUUACUAAAAACUAGGUGUUACAUGGUAGUGUCUUUGAAAAAGAUUUACUGAUGAAGGAAAAACCAAAGAAUCGAAUUUUAGAAUCCAGAGUUUGAGCCGUCUUUAGUACUGCACGUAUUACAUGUAAUAAUAAAAUCGAGACAUACGUCUUUUUGCGUAAGUUUUGCGGAUUACUAAUUGCACAAACAAAUGAUGCUUGCUUUUUGUCUCUCUUUUUCACUGAAAAAGUUAUUAUUGCAAAUCUGUGUUAUGCUAUACGUUUAUCAACUUCUACGUUUUCAUAUCAACUACCCUUAAAAUUCCUUCGUCCUAUUGCAAGGUGUGUGCUGGUGGUUUUUAGAUUAUAGUGAAUGCUGUAUCAGCAUCCAUACUCCAACCGGUCUAAAACAUAGUGUUUCAUAGCGGUCAAGCACAUAUUUAUUCCCGUUCAUAAAUACCUUUUCGGUACAAAAAAAAUCAAAACUUUCAGUUUAAAAGUCAAAACAAGUCAAUUUUAAAAAAAAUUCCAACAAUUUUACUCAACAAUUUCACUUCAUUGUUUUUUUUUCGGAACACCCAUCUAGCUUAUGUGCUUUGGUAUGGCCCUUUCGCGAGUAACCGUAAAAAACUCCUUAUCGGCGCAGAACGCAGCUGUUCCGGUGUAGUGUGAAUAUAGGACUAUGAAACAAUAUUGCGCAUACCUAAGUGAGGAUUGUGAACGUUUAACCAACAAAACGGUACUGGCGGGCACCGGAUUUCAUGUAGGAGUCCAAAUUUCAUGUGACACUGGAAAAGUGUUUUAAGACCAGCCAGCCGGUCUUUAUAGACCGUAAAACCGGCCACGUGACUGGCUAUCGACCAAUGGGAAUGGGUAAACUAUCUUAGGUAUAUUUAUGAAUUUGUAUAGUAAAAUGCGGGUGUUUCUUGUGAAAGUGUUAUUCUAUGUAGAUCAAUAUUUCACAUGUCAUUUAAUUCUUCAAUUCAAUAUAUUCAUAAAUUAUGAAUUACGUGUAUAUCCUUGUCGAUAAGAAGUAAAAAAAAAAAAA